AUGUCCUCCCCAGACGACAAACCCAUGGGCGAUGUCGACGACAACACCCACCAGCCCUUUACCGUCGAGGAAAACAUCCGGCAACUCAGCGAGAUAGACAGGAGCACGGUGCAGCUCAUGAGCCACACGGCUACAGCCCUCGACGCGGUAUCGAUGGGCUCGCUAGCAGGUGGCGGCGGUGGCGACGGCGGCAGUGCAGCGUCGGCCGCGGCGCAGAAGGAAGCUCUCCACUCGGCCACAGACUCCUUCCUCCACACGCUGCACAGCGUGGACGUCAGGAUGAAGAGGCAGAUCAUGGCCCUCGAGGAGGCCGGCAUCGUCAAACUCGGCGGCACGUCGAGGCAAGAGCCGCACGCGGCGGCCGCAGGGACCGGGACCGGGACCGGGACCGGGACGAUCUCUGGCAAGACUUCGCUGCGGCCCGAUGGUAUGGGUAACGUGGGCGGCCUGGACAUCGGAUGGCUGAACAGCCAGGGAUCCAAGGUGGAGAGGGAGAUGGAGGCGGAGCUGUGGGACAAGGCCAGGGCGUUUCUGGAGAGGCAGGAGGAUAAGAAGACUGGUUGA